AAUAUAUAUAAGACGUUUCCAACACAUCAUCUACAACAACCAAAAAUCUUUUUCAUGCUUUUAAAAUAUCCAAAAAAUGAUGUAAAAACGGAAAAUUUAAUUUGGUAUUAGUGAAACCUUGGGGAAAGUGCUAAAAAGGGAAAACUGUUGAACAGAACAAGUCAAGGGAAGAUGGGGAAGAACAAGGGUGGAAUUCCACAAAAAGAACAAUUUCAAAGAAUGCAAUACUUAUAUCAGGCUGCCAAUCAAUGUAUCAAAUCUGACCCCAAAGAUCUCAACCUUUGUCGGUUUUAUCUAACAACAAUGAGAAGCAUAGCAAAGAAGUCAGUUCUUAGAUUACAUGUUGACAUAAAGAGAACAAUAUGUAAGAAGUGCUGUGUUUUAUUGAUACCAGGAGUAACAGCCAUUGUGAGGACAAAAAGUAAAAAAGAGAAACACCUUGUUGUUUCCUGUCUGGAAUGUGAUACUGUCAAGAGAUUUCUUCUGAGGAAAGACUACAAACUAUGGUUAGAUAACCCAGAGGCUUGGCUUGAUUAUAAACAGCCUAUAACAGAUGCCCAAUCAGCAAAUAAUAAACACAAUAAUGAAUAAGUCAAAACAUGAACUGUUAGUUAAGUAGAGCAAGUAGGAUGUAUGUGGAUACAGCAUUCGGGAAAGAUGAGGCAUGCCACAGAAAACAAAUUCGUGAAAGGGGAACAGAAAAUGUUAUCAAUUCCAGGAAUUUAAUUGUCGUGUACAAAGACAGUUUGAUUAUUUACAGGGAAUGGAAAUAGCAGAAUAUAAUGAAAGAUAUGGAUUAUUACAGUCAAAAUUUAUUGUGUAUUAGAAUUAAGACUGGAUGAAUUAAGCAAUUAAAUAAAUCAAUAAAAAGUAUUUCCUUAUUUGUUA